AUGGUGCUUAAAUUUUUUUGCAUUAGCGUAAUGUUAAUGUUACAAUUACGAAUAGAAUGCUUCAGCAAGUGGAAAACCAAAAUAGGUGUAAAUAAGUAUGCAAGAAGAACAAAUAGAAGUAGAGCUAACGUUAAUAUAGUGAGAGUACAAAAGAAAGUAUACAAUUAUAAGCGAUUCAGUGUUUAUAUGUUUGACGAAGAAGAUUCAUUAAAUAAUACCAACAGAAACACAUGUAGAAACACACUUGGAAAUUACUUUUCCAAUUUUUAUAAAAAAAAUUAUACAAUAUUUGUAAAAACAUUAGAGUGUAUGGGAAAAGCCAUAAAUUAUGUUAAAGAAAAUUUAUUUAUGAGCUCUCUGAAAAAGCAAUUGAUUAUUUCUAUCUCCUUUUUUUUUUUACAUUUUUAUCUUUUAUCUGAGCAUUUCCUUAUAUUAUUUCCAUAUCAGUUGAUACCAAAUCAUUCUAAUAUUCUUAUGAGUCUGGACUUGAAUAAUACACUUGUUCUUUUGUCAACUAUUUAUUUUUUAAAAGAUUUUAGCAAAAAUUUGCAAAAUUUUAAGCAAAAAUUGAAGUUCAACAGAUUUAUUCUCGACCUACAGGAAAACAAAAGGAAAAAUAUUCUUUCCAUAGCUGUUCUUUUGAUUGCUUCAUACAUAUUGUCAGGAUACGUUUCGAUAUACACGGAAAAAAUUUUAAGCUAUACAAACAUCUUUAACCUUUCGCUGUCUGACAGUAUCAUAAAAUCCUUACAGAUACUGAGCGGACACUUCAUAUGGGUAGCAUGCAGCAUAGUUGCCUUUAAAAAAUUGUUAUACCCAUAUUUUAAAAAUAAUAAUAGUAACUUAAAUUUUCGGUAUGAAGAUAGUUGGUGCUUUAAAGUGAUUUAUGGCUAUAUGUGCUCUCAUUUCAUAUUUAAUAUUGUUGACAUUUUUAAUAAUUUUAUUAUAAGAUAUUUUAAUAAAGAAGAAGUUUAUUUGGACAAUAGCAUUGAUGAUAUUGUUAAUGAAAGAGAAAUUAUUUCUACAAUUUUAUGCAUAAUCAGUCCUUGUUUUAGUGCCCCAUUUUUUGAAGAAUUUAUAUAUAGAUUUUUUGUAUUAAAAAGUUUGAACUCAUUUAUGAACAUACAUUAUGCUGUUGCAUUUUCGUCUUUAUUUUUUGCUGUUCAUCAUUUGAAUAUCUUUAAUUUAAUACCUCUUUUUUUUUUAUCUUUUUUUUGGUCGUACAUUUACAUAUACACCGAUAAUAUUCUUGUCACUAUGAUUAUACACUCCUUUUGGAACAUAUACGUAUUUUUAACUUCUAUAUAUAAUUAG